AUGUUAGAAAAAAAGUUUGCUGACAUUGACAAGAAAUUUGAGAAUGUUUUGAAGAAGAACAAGAGGAAGUUAGAAAAUGCUCAGAUAAAGCCUAUACAUGAAAAGUUCUUAUUUGCUCAGAAUGGUAUAACAGGUCUAAUCGCACCACCUGGGUCGGGUAAGACUUUCACUUAUCUUAAAAUGGCUGCACAACAACAAGAACUAGAUGAGAAGAACCCAUUCUAUGAGUUAGUUGUUAUUUGUUCGACUUCUGGUCAAUUUGACCAAACCGUCAAUUCGUUCAAAGAUAUUAUAAAAAAGUCUAAGUUAGUAUGUAUAAAAGAUACUGAGUUGUUAGAUUGGAUAAAGAAGUACCAAAGAAGAGUUUUGAAGUACAAUGCUAUAAAUGAGUAUAUAAAUUCGAAGUUUAAAGACCCAAAUGAGGAA